AUAACGCAGAUUACAAGUAUGGUAUACAGUAAAAAGACUUUCGUGCUUGUCUGAUAUCAGGAAACAUAGCUUUGGUGUAAAAUGUCUAAUAAUCUACUCCAAUCGUUGGAUAAUGCGUACCCAAACCUUAGCCUAUUCAUUGCAAAUUAACAGAAAUAGGAAAACUCUGGUGAAAGGAAAGUGUUCGCCGUAGUUUAUGAAUAUGGCCCACAAACCAUCUAGAACCACAUAUGCUGGUGUGGUGUUUGUGUGACAUUUGUUUUGAUUUUACCGUGCAAGCAGACAUGUUAAAAGUGUGUGCUUGAUUGACAUAUUUCAAGGGCUAAUUCAAAAUGUAAAUACUGUGGAAGAAAUUUACAUAAAAUGCAUGAGUCUGAAACAUCAGAAUCCAUAACUAAGGGGUCACCAGAAGACAAGAACACAGAAAGUGAUGGUAAAGGGAAGAGUUCCACUUCUGAAACAUCUGGAAAACAGAAGCUAUGUAGCUGGCUGAACAAGAAUUUCAAGAUAGAAAUGACAGAUGGUCGAGUUCUCAUUGGAGUCUUUCUUUGCACUGAUAGGGAUGGAAAUGUCAUCCUUGGAUCAUGUAGUGAAUACUUAAAACCUGAAGAUAAUGGUGUAAUUGAAGAGCCACGUGUGUUGGGCCUUGUUAUGGUUCCAGGAAGACAUAUUGUUUCCAUACACUUAGAUGAUAUUACAAACUGUAGUGGAGAAACUAUGUAAUGUGGGAACAUUCAUUUUUAUAUUGGCAUUUUGGCAAUAUAUGUACAAUAUUUUUCAUGGCAAAUAAAUUGUUUCCAAAAAAAAU